CACUUCUGAAAAAAAAGUAAAAGUUGUUUUUUCGGCUUUACUUUCUGUUUUUGUCCUCUACAGAAGAUUUUGGCUGAUUUAUCAGUGAACGUGACUUUAAUAAUAAGAAAUCAAGUAACUCGAGUUUGGACUAGAUUCUUACGCAACUUGUUAUCAUGUUGAAUGAAAAUGUGCAGGUGUACUUGCCUUGGGCUCUAACAACUGCUGCCCUUGGUACUGCUUUAUAUGCAUUGUUUGUGCUGAAGAAGAAAGGUUCAAGAGUAAAUAAGAAAAUACAACAAGAUAACAACAAAGUAGUUCAUUCUGUUGACAUUGAAGAUGUUGGGAAAAAAGCAGUUUUCUGCAGGUGUUGGAAAUCUGAAAAGUUCCCAUAUUGUGAUGGAAGUCACAACAAGCACAAUGAAGAUACUGGAGACAACGUUGGACCGUUGAUUAUUAAACAGAAGGAGCAAUAAAAAUACUUAUUCAUAUAAAUGGAUCUUGGGCUGCUUUAGUUUUAAUAGGUAAAAUGAUCUAGAGCAUUGCAGAUGUUUGACCUUCCUUUGGUGUUGGCCAUGUUCCCCCCUAAUGCUCUGCAACUCAUAAUUGAAUUAUUAUACAUCUAUAUGUAUUGAUGGAAUAUUUUCAUGUUUUUUAAUAAAAUAUUUUGUUACUCUUU